AUGGCCAAUGAGUACAUCCAGGACUUUGCCUUUCGUCAGAUCAGCCAGGCUGUCAUGGCGACUGCAAAUUCAGUUGCCAACAGCAACGGGGAGAGCAGCAUUUUUGAUGUUGUCCGUCGCAAGUGGGGGAAAAUGCAGGAUGUGAUUCAGGGAUUCACGUCGCCAUUGAAACGGCGCAGCAUGUACGAGGAGCUCACAGAGCAAGUGUGGCCAAAUGAGCACAUUGAGAUGUCACGUCUUGUUCACCGCGGACUGGGCCAUAAUUUCCUCCUGUGUCAUCUGUCGAACCCCACCUGGUGCGACUAUUGUGGAGAUUUUAUCUGGGGCGUGUACAAGCAGUGUCUGCGGUGCCACACUUGCCAGUACACCUGCCACCAGCAGUGUCUACAGGCUGUCACGCUCAACUGCAAAUCUAUCUCUGAUGACGGAUGUGAAGUAGCAACCAGCAGAACCCCGAGUCCCUCAGAUCCCCCCUCACACCUGGAGACAUCACUGUCUGAAGGCAAGCCUGGUUGUGCCAGAACUGCGUCUGCUAAUGGUAACAGUUCCACAAACGCAGUGACGUCACAGGUGCCACAAGGACAUUCCGAAUCUGUUCCAGAUUUUCAUAAUAUUGUCCCGGGGGAAAAUGGAGAGAUCGAUACAGGAUCUUCAGUUGUGCAUUCAGACUUUAUUUAUGAUUACGCUGGGACUCCCAAGGUCACCCGGCUGCCGUCUCAUCACUUGUCUCGAUCUAGUAGCGAUGGCUAUUUUGCAGGUCUUGCACCUCAUGCACCUCAUGCACCGCACACGAAUACAAACUCAGGUCUGACACUACCUUCAUCUCAUGGUCAGAGGAGUACCUCAUCGCCGCAGUGUACACUCACGCCCGCCAACAGACUGUCCGGUUCAGCACAGGAAGCAAAUAUACAGACAUGUACAUCCGGGCAGACACUGCUAAAAACAGCAGUGUUGAAUGCAGCUCUGGAUGGGAGCAUUGCU